UAUGAGAGUAGCAAGUGGGAAAGAGUAGAAUCUAUUGGAGAUCAUGAGAUGUUGAUUUUUGGUCAUGGGGUUACAGUAAGGGCACCUGUUAAAGAUGUUGGUGAUGGAGUCAAGAGUGGUUCAAUCUGUUUCGUUGAUGAUGACUACGUGUGGCCAGAUCAUGAUCAUCGUGGUUCGAAUUGUGGUGUCUUCAAUAUUGCCACGAAUGAAAUCGUAUGGCAUAGUAAGAAGCCCUGUUUUUAUAUAAAUGAAUCUCAGUGGUUUGCUUAG